AUGAACGCUGUCGCCGCCGCAUCUAUCAUUCUUUUCAUCGUCGUUGCAGCUGCCAUCUGUGCGCUAGCGUUGCAGCUGUAUGCCGCGCGUAAGCUAUCAUGGGCGUGGACUGGCCGACGGCGCUCGCGCUACACCUUUGCAUUUGUACUAUCUAUUGCACUUGCGCUACUCGCGGGUGCCACUGCCACAUUGGGCGUCUUGGUAUGGUUGCAAGGAGGGAGGGUUUUAGGAGUUGCCCACGACGUAUGUAGCAUCUGCGCGCAGCUUCUCGCCGGCAGCAUCGCGUUGUUUCUGCUCCAACAGAGGAGCUUCGUUCAGACCCUUUCCCUAUGUUGUUCACUAUUCACACCUACAUGUCUUCGUCUCGUGGGCCUUCUCAUUGCACUGCCUUUGCUCGUUGGGACUGGCUGGGCCAUCGCAGACACCUUCACAGAUGUCACCGCACUCAAGCACAUUCCGACCUAUCUUAUCAUCUCAUUCCUCGGUCCAGCACUUCUUCUGAGCGUUGCGCAUGCUCUUGCCCCGCCAGUGUACGACGAGAGGCACUAUCAGGCAAUGUGGAUCACGCUCGCCCUAUCGCAGGCUGCGGGAAUCGUCGACAUCGUAUUCAGCAUGGUACUGGCUGAGCAGCUCGUGCUGCAAUCGUGGAUGACCGUGGCAUGGUUUGUCGGCACUCUAGCUGCGUUACAUAUAUAUACUACGCUUGAACCGUUGGCUCCGUCCGAAUCUGGGACCGAAGGAGCGGUCGCUCUCCCAAUCACCCCUCGCAUAAUCGUCCACAAGGAGCGCUUCCUUAGCCCUGCGUACAGUUCCGGUCCAGGGCUCAGCGACGCCGACAACAGUCGAGUGCACAAACCCGAAUCACCGAUCACGCCGACUGAAUUGUACAUGUACACCAACGACCCGUUCGCCUCGCCGCCGGCCUCGAUCUCCAUGCACUCCCACCACGACUCGUUCGAAGACUUCGCCUUCAGACAAGAACAACCACCGUCGCGAACCCCCACGCAUCCUAGUCGCAAGCGUUCCGCGAGACACCACUCUGAGCCCGUCAUUCCAACGCUCUCGAUACCCAUCCCCAAACACCGAGAGCGCAGGCCGUCUCCUUCUAUCCUUCGUAACCCCCACAGUUUGACGUUGGACGUGCGGCUGUCAGAGGUGUCGACACUCGUCGGGAGCCACAAAGGCUGA